ACUGACGUGCACAUAUAUUCAUAACCUUAUAACCGAUUCUAUCUGGGUUUGUGUACCCUAAUCUAUAUUCUACCUAUAAUAUUGCUAAUUUUAUGUUCAUAAACAGACCCUGUUGCUCUGCCCCGUGGGAGAGAGUAAUACGUGUAAUAAUAAAAACAAACGCCCCGUUAAGCCCACUCAGUAAUCGGGAUCCCCCGAAAUAAGACUACAGUUCCCCAGUAUUAUUUACAAGUGUCAGCUGAUUACCAUUAAGGUUGGGUUAUUGGUGUAAACAAACUUUCCCUACAUUAACUCGCAAACGGCCAGUCUCCGAUGGUCUACUGAGAACCAUGCUCUGUUGUUUCAAGACUUAGAAAAACAGUUGGAAUGGAAUGAUGUUUUAGAAAAUGAGUCGCCAAGUUGAUUCCCCAACAGGUUUAACAGAAUUUGGUCCCUUGACUCCAGAUGAAAAGCCACAAGGAUAUGGAUUUUCAAUUUCCAAACUUUUUCGGAGGGCUGUUCGAGGAGGAUCGGCAGGGACCAAGUCCAGCAACAGCAUUUCAGAACAGCAGCAGGAUCAGCUUGAUGGGUACAAGAGUAGCAAAAGCUCGGAUCAGGGUGCUUCACGAUCAAACUCAUUAAAUGAUGGGGGACCAAGCUGGCUAGUGGACAAGGGCAUGCAUGACACAGUCAGUGAAUGUUCAGAAACAUCAUCUGUUGCAUCUUCAUCAUCUUUAGUCACCAAGGUUUGUCCGGCUGUGUCAUCAGGACAUGAUCGCACACUACCUAAUGUUCUUACAAGGAUCCGUAACAUCAUUGACAACCGAGGAUCUACUCCUCAACAGUACAAAGAUUCAGAUUUCAAACAAUACUGGCUACCUGACAGUACGAGUGUUCAGUGUUAUGAAUGUGAGGAAAAGUUCACUACCUUCCGCCGAAGGCAUCAUUGUAGGGUUUGUGGACAGAUAUUCUGCUCAAGAUGCUGUAACAGCAUGAUACCCGGCAAAAUCAUUGGGUAUACAGGAGAGCUGCGAGUAUGUACGUAUUGUUGCAAGGUGGUUUUAUCCUAUCUCCAGUCAAGCAACUUAGCUGCAGAUGUCAUUGCAGACCUACGAACUUUGCAAGAAGAGUUACUGCCACCCACCCCUAGUCAAUCAUGUGCUCUGACCCAGGAUAGUAAUUUACCCUCUGGGUCAAAUACACCUUUGACAACUCCAAGGGGCACUCUUCGUCGGAGGCCUUCUCUCGGUUUCCAAGAAGAAAAAUAUAUUUCUAGGCAAAGAUUCACAAGUGGAGAAUACAAUGCAUUUGGAGGACAGCGAGAUGAUGACCACAUGACUGCUGAGAGACAACUCCUUCUGAGAGACUCACAGCAGCUUCACUCUCUGUGGUCCCAAAUGGCAGGGGGACCAGGAGGUCUUCCCCUGGGAUCCCACCGUCAUCGUCUCAAGUCCUUCCACAACUGUUUCAUCGGCAGGGAUUUGGUACAGUGGCUUCUGGUCAAUGAUAAAGCCUCAAGCAGGGCUUCAUCAGUGGCAAUCGGGCAAGCCCUUUUAGAAGCCGGGUACAUCGUCUGUAUUUCUCAGCCAGAACAAGUUUUCGUCGAUGAUUACGUUCUCUACCGUCCCAUACGACCCAGUUCUGGGUCCUCUGAACGCUGUGUUCAGGAGAACUUGACACGUGCACAAGAAGGAGGUCAAGAACCUUUGUGGGUUAAACAGAUUUCAUCCAUGGCAGAAGGAGAAGAGGAUGAAAUGAUAGCAGGGACAGCAACCUUGCCAGAUGAGGCCAGACAGAGUGUUGAUACCCCCACCUCCAUCACUUCAUCUACAUCAAACUACUGCCUUGAUCUCAAUUUUCAGGAGAGUGUUGUCUCAAUGAGGAAGCCACAAAAUUUGAACAGACAAGGAAGUGGUGACAGUGAACAAAUUGAAGGAAGAGGUGCUGUGGCAGUAUUUACUAGUCAACAACAGACAUUCACAACAACGGUUUCCGCAGCUCUGAGUGCUAGUGCUCAGCCACAGACCGUAGAUGGGACAACAGCUGUCAUGGAUGAGGAGAUAUUAAAGGCUCUUCGAUGUCAUGAUGCCAGUAAUUCACUUCCAAGAACAUCAGGCUGGCAGCAAGAAGAAGACCCACCCAUUGACAGCCAAGAACGACUUGUUAGACAAAGACUCAAUACAAUGUGGAGUGCUCAUGAGACAGCACUUCUAUGUCAGCUUCUCGAUUCAGGGGGACUUGCACCGUCUUGGGCUGAAACAAUAUUACCUAUAGUUCAUACAGUUACAGAAAUCAUCCGACCUGAUGUAAAAAAUGACAGUGAUGAUAUGGAUAUUAGACAAUAUGUACAGUUUAAAAAAGUUCCGGGUGGAAAUCGAAGUGAGUGCCAAAUACUCAAUGGUGUGGUAUGUACUAAGAAUGUAGCUGACAAAUCAAUGUUGGUACGUUUGUCAGAUCCUCAACUACUACUGGUUGCUUCCACUAUAGAUUACCAAAGAGGGAACGACAACAAGCUCCUUACUUUAGAUAACUUGUUAUUACAGGAAGCAGAUUAUCUAAAAAACGUUGUGGCCAAGAUAGUGUCAUACAAACCAAACAUCAUUUUGGUGGAGAAGAGUAUAGCUUUCCUAGCAAGGGAAUACUUACAGGCACAUGGAAUCACUUUGGUAAUGAAUGUUAAGCCAUCAGUAAUGGAACGUGUUGCAAGAUGUACACAAGCUGAAUUGGUGUCUUCCAUAGAUGCCCAACUAAAGAAACCAGUUUUAGGCUUGUGUCACAGUUUUUAUGUGAGAUCAUACCCUAUUCCUGGUGGUAAGGACAAGAACAAAACACUUAUGUUCUUUGAUGGCUGUGCUACCCACCUUGGCUGUACUGUCAUCCUUCGAGGUGCAACCAAUUCUGAACUAAAGCGGGUCAAAAGAAUCAUGUAUUUCAUGAUAUAUGCUAGUUAUAACUGGAAGCUUGAGAGAUCGUUUUUAAUGGAUGAAUUUGCAUUUAUACCUCCACUUCCUUCAGAAAGUUUUGAUCUUGAAGAUCAAGUUUUUGUCGAUGCACAAAGUCCUGAGGAUGAUAAUAUUCCAAAGGAAAUAAAAGACAUUGUGGACAACACAGUUGCUAUCGAAGAUGAGGAAGAUGUGUCAGUAAGUUCAGCAUCUGAGCAGCAUUGUAAAGGAAAAGUAACCAGACAGGGUGGCUUAGUUAGAGACCCAACUAAUUCUUCCAUGGAAUCUUCAGUAUCUACACCUGGGCCGUUAGAUAAAACAAAAGUGUCACAGACUAUCAAUGAUUUUAGCGACCCCUUACAUUCCUAUCUCAACUCAGGUACAUCACCUCAGGAAGCUCCCAAAGAAUCAUUAGCAGCCAAGCUUCAGCUUACAGAGUUACCAUUUUCUAAUACAUUCCGAAAAGCUCUUGAUGACACCAUAUUAUCUUGUUCCCCUUACCUUAAGUAUAGUGUCCCUUACCUUGAGUCUGAUGCAAGCAGGAAUUGCUUACUCCGCAGGUUUUUCCAGAAGGAUUUGUAUUUCUCAGUACAGCUAGAAAAGGAUAAACUUAUAAGACGGCCACGAUUUUCAGAAAUGGAUGCAAAAGACAGUAGCAAAGAUGAGAAUCAGAAUGUCAGAGUCAAACCUGCACACAAGUUCAUGAAUUUUAAGAUAACUGAAGAAAUGAAAAGCACCGACAUCCAAAAUCUGAUAACAGAUUUUCGAGCCAGAGGCGGUCAGAUGGAACUGAUAUGCAAAUGUAAGACUAAGAACCGCAGAGAUUGUUCAAUAGAAAGAAAUGAACCCUCCCAUCAGGUCAUUAUUGAGGGAUUACCAACUGAUGCAACUGGUGUUAUGACAAAUGGAACAAAUAAAAAUGCCAUAUAUGAUCACUGGAAUGUGCCAGGUGGGCUAAUGCUUACCUCUGAAGGGAGGGUGGAUGCACUUCAUCCUUUUAAUCAUCAACGAUUGUCAGUUCUCUUCUCAAGCUUCACAGAUGUGACUGACCCUCCCCCAGAUUUUUGUGUUAAUCCAUGGGUGCUUACUAUGGACUUUUAUGGAAGAAAUGAUAUUCCCCUGGGUGCCUUCCUUGAGCGCUACUGCUUUAGCCAGACUUACAUGUGUCCGUCCACAGAGUGCUCAAAAGGAUUGGUUAAUCACAUUCGCAAGUUUGUACAUGAUAUUGGGUGCGUCGAUGUGUUAUUGAGAUGUCUGGACACUGUUCUGGAUGACUCAAACACAGGUACCAUUCUCAUGUGGAGCUGGUGCAAGAACUGUCGACAGGUGACUCCUGUGGUGCCGAUGUCACUUGAAACAUGGUCUCUCUCCUUUGCCAAGUAUCUGGAACUGAGGUUUUAUGGCAGUAGCUUCUCCCGUCGUGGCCUGCCAGGAUGCCCGCAUUCUAUGCAUCAUGACCAUUUCCAGUAUUUUGGCUACAAGAAACAAGUAGCAAUAUUCAAGUACAAUCCAAUAACUGUAAGAGAAAUCAUGCUCCCACCAUCUGAAAUGAGCUUAUGUAUACCACCUGUAACACAGUCAUCCGUGGUUGAACAAAUUAAAGGAGUGGCCAUACAGGGUUAUUCAGUUUUUUCUACUAUUCUCGAACGGGUAACUACACUUUCUUCAGAAAGCAAUCUCCGUUGGCAGCCUCUGAUUUUGGAAAUUAGUGAGCAUCAGAAUUCUCAGCGCGCAAAGUUCAGGGAGCAAAUAGAAAGUAUUCAGCUACAAUUAACAUCACCCACCCUGGAGGCAAGAAGGCUGCACCCUCCUACUCCUAAUACAGUCCAAGAGGUAACCACAGCAAUGAUGGAAAUUAAAGACAAGAUUGUCACCGCUAAGAUAUUGAUAGCACAAGUUGUCUCUGACUGGAAUUUAAAGGUUCAGGAUUUAGUGCAGCUUCGUAAGAAAGAAGAAAGACUUGAGAAAGCCAAAGUUAUGGCAGCAUCUGGAAGUGGGGGAAAUCCCCUCCCUCGUCAGUCCACGAGUGGUUCUAUAUCUACAUCCUCUGUAGCUUCAGCUCUUGCUAAUAACUCAACUGGAGAAAUGUGCAGUGCCACAUCUCAGAAACAAGGAGGUGACACUGCUUCUGUGGCAUCAUCUGCAAUAACAGGUGUUUCUACAGAUUCAUUGAGCUUGUCAGCAUCUUUCAGUGAUAUACCAGGCCAAGAGAAUCAAAAGAAUAAUGGAAGUGAGCCUCUUGAUGAUGAAGGGGAAAAGGGGUACUCUGCAAAUGAGGAUUCAGCUGGGAAAUCUGCAUUGGAUUCUCAAGAUCAGCAGAAGCAGAAUGAAGAAACCAAAGAAAAUGUACAAAGGUCUCUAGGAUCAAUGCGUGUGACGCCUACUCAGGAGUGCCUAGCAGAGGAGAGAGACCGUAUUCUUCGGGCCCUUGGUGCCCUCACUGCCAACACUCAGUCACCACACUGCUCAGGUACUAGUGCUCUGUCUUUGUCAUCAGCAUCUAGUGAGGUGUUGAAUAGUUGGGAGAAUGAGAGUGAUGUAAGUGGUGGUCUGCAUGCAGUCUUACCAAAUCAGCUUGCUGACAGUUCUGGAGUAUUUCAUCGAAGGCAAGCUUCAGAUUCUUGUGAUGGGUUAGUUGGAACUCAUGUUCCACUGGCGGAAUCUCCUGGGCGAGGCCAUGAGAGGUCCCUGUCUGAUGGGGGUGGUCAGGUUGGAAUAGCUCGUGAAACAGAACGUGCAAAUGAAAGAAGAAUAGCUGCUAGUACAGUUAAGAAUAUCAUAUCAACUUUAUGGUCAUCAUCUGCUAAUUUGUUGGUUGAUUUUUCUGAUGAUGGAAGAUUGACAACCAGAUUGGAUGGUUUUGCCCCUCAUGGGGAUUUUACUCGUAGUGUGUCUCCCUUUCCAGCAAAUGAGCAUUAUAUUCUGCUCCCAGAAGUGAAAAUUCCCGUGGUUGUCUUUGGAGAUGAACCCUCAUCCAUCAUAGCUCAUGCCCUUGCAUCACAAGACUAUGACCGUCAGCUUUCUUUGCUUAAAAAGAGACUUAAAGAUUUACAGAAAGAAGGCAGUAAUAACAGGGUUGGAGAUAAGGAUCCCCCCCUGCCAUCUGAUAGUGGUGCUGAAAGUCUAGGAAGUGAGGACUCUGAUUUUUGCAUCUCAUCUGCUACCACUGAUGCUGAUAAGAGCAAAGCUUUAAAGGAUUUCCAUAUAGAACUACAGUGGUUUGAUCAGCAUGCAAAGUUUUACUGCAAACUAUUCUUUGCUGAGCAUUUUAGACAACUUCGUAAGAAGAUUUUCCCAUAUGGCGAAGAGAUGUAUAUCCGUUCAUUGAGUCGUUGUAUUCAGUGGGAAGCCCGAGGAGGGAAAUCAGGAUCGGUGUUCUGCAAAUCACAUGAUGACCGUUUUAUAUUGAAGGAGAUGUCUCGUUUUGAAAUGAGCUCAUUCCUUGACUUUGGUCCUGCUUAUAUUCAUUAUAUAGUCAAUUGUGAAAAAGAACAGCAGCCAACUAUUCUUACAAGGAUUGUAGGUGUGUAUAGGAUUGGAUACAGAAAUGCAACAACAAACAAAGCACAGCGGAUGGACGUACUGAUAAUGGAGAACUUGUUUUAUCAACGAAACAUUACCCACAAGUUUGAUCUGAAAGGAUCUAUUAGAAACAGACUGGUGAAUACCUCUGGUAAAGAGGAAUCCGAAUUGGUGCUGUUGGAUGAAAACCUGGUGAGAAUGGCAUGCUCAUCACCCUUAUAUGUCAGGCCCCACAGUAAAACUGUCCUCAGUAGGGCUAUUGCUGCUGAUACAGUGUUUCUCUCUCAGCAACUUAUUAUGGAUUAUUCUCUUCUGGUUGGGAUUGACAGUGUCACCAACCAGCUUAUUAUAGGUAUUAUAGAUUACAUCAGAACAUUUACUUGGGAUAAGAAAUUAGAAACAAUAUUCAAAGGAAGUAUGCUUGGAGGUGGUGGAGCAGGUAAAUUGCCAACGGUAGUUUCACCAGAAAUUUACCGCACCAGAUUUUGCCAUGCUAUGGACCGCUACUUUCUUCUAACACCUGAUAGAUGGACAGGCUUAGGUCAUGGUAUAGAUCCCUAAGGUACCAAAAUCUUCAUACAGACACAAAGCAGUUUUCCUGCACAAAUUAUUGUAUAAAGAAAAGUGUACUAGUUAGUUAUUAUAGAGGAACAGUACCAUUUGGUGAAAGUUUUACGAUGUGAUAUGAGUUUCUUUUAAUGAUUUAGUUUCUAAGGAAGAAAUUUAAUUCAAAUUUACUUUUGAUAUCUGAUCUAUAACUUUGUUAAUCUGAUUAAGCUUAGAAAUAAUUUCAGUACUUCAGAAUUGACUGGUUACUGUGAUUAUUUAUUAUUAUAGUAUUUUACAAAUAAUUUUGUCCAUUAUUUUAUGAGCAUAUAUAGAGUGGAUGAAUGCAUGACUUAUUUUAUAGAUUUUUUAUGUAGUAGCAUAAAGGAAAUCAGGUUUUACAGAGUACAAUACAAAGAUUAAUUUGAUUAAUGCAGACCAAUAAAUUUAGUUUGUUGUAAAAAAUGAGUCAUAGUGCUAUAAUAUAGCGCAAAAAUUUCAUACUAUUUGUUAUUCUGUGUUUAAGUUAUUGCAGAUUACUGGUGGUGCAUUUUGCAUAUACUACACCAAAUGCUUUGAUAGAAGAUCUGCUGUGUAAUUGUAAGGAAAUUCAUGAUAAAGUUUUGAGUUGCAAAUAUUUAGAGAAUUUCAUGUGAAGUGACAUUAUAAAAUUGAGGAGAGUGCUUUUUGAGAGAAAGCAAUUGCAUGUUUCCUUCAUUACCUCUAAUUCCUUAUAACUGCUCAGUAAUAAUUACCUUCUACUCACCAAGCAUACUCUUUUGUAACAUUGCAGCCAGUUCAUUACUGUAUUAUGAAAGGAGCGGGCAGUGAUAGAUUCAGACACACCAUAUUAUGUGUAUAUAAGAAAAUUGCUGUCUGGAUUUCAUAUAGCCAAAGCAAUUUUUUCCUGCUCAAGGUAUUUUUUUUUUUUUACCUAUUUUACUAAGCUUCAAAGUUCAGCUGAGAAUUGAAAUACUUGAAUAAGCAAAGUAUUCAGUAAGUAGUCAUACUCAUGCCUAGUGAUUAUUUUAUGGAUGGUAAUGUACACCUUUUGGAAUCUUUUGGUAUUAGAGGGGGAUCUUUGCUGUAUUGAGCACAUUUUUUUCAAAAAUGUCAGUCUGUAGCAGCAGACUGCUAGAUCUGGCUGUCUUUCUGGCUAUAUUCAGUGUAAUAUUAGAGGUCAAAAUGUGUUUGUAUCUACUAACAAUCAGUUUGAGAUAUACGGUACCGACAAGUUUCUCAAGUUAAUGUAGUUGAAGAUCAUAAGCUGAAUGUGUGAAUAAUCCAGCUAUUGUGAAUUAGUGUUUCUGUCCAUUGGAAGAUCUGUAUUUAUGUCUCUGAUCUUGUUAGGCAUAGGAACCAGUCCUAAAACAGUAUUUCCAUAAUCCUCAAAUUAGGUAGUACUAGUAGUGAAGAGUGACAAAAUGGAAAGUUGGUUAUGAAGGUUCAAACAUAUCUCCAACAUAUCUCCUUAACAGAAGGUAAGUUUAUGGAACAUGAAUCUGAAUUUCUAAGGAAGAGUUUUGGGGAUUUUUCUUACAGCAAUUACCUUACAAAAUUUAUUUAGGUGGUAUGACAUUAAUGGAAUUUAUGCAUCCGUCCCAUUGGGUUUACAUCCACCUUUACCAAAGUAGAACUCAUUUUCAUUCACGACGUAAUGCGUAGUAUGUUCUGGAUCAUUGCAUGCCCUUGAUCAAAAAAAUUUAUCAAGAAGUAGGUUUUUUUUCUUUAUUACAGUGAGCAUAAAUGCUAAACAAAGGGAAUUUUCGAACUAGAGAUUGGAGCAUCCCCAACUGUUCCAUAAGGUAACUGUAUCCUAUUAAAGCAAGUAUGAAGGAUUUUCUGUUCUGACACUUCAGAGCCUGCUAUGAUUGCGUUCUUAGUUGCACCAUUUUGUUUUUCCCCCCUUGGAAAUCCUUAUAUUCCUUUGGAAAUGAAUUAGCCAUUUGUAAUAAGGUUUAUAAUUACAUUGCGCUAGCCUUAAUUAGUUUUUAAGGUAAAUACAAUUAAGAAAGUGGGUGAAAGUUUGUGACAUGGUAGUGUGAGCUCCAUAUUUUAUCCCAUACAAAAUAUAGGACAGUGACCUUAGAUCUGUUUUAUAUGGUGUAGAGUUUUGAAUAAUUCGUCCGUAUGAUAUAUGUACUGUAUAUUGAUAUGCAUGUUUAUAUUAAGUCAUGUUUCCAUUUAGGGUUUAACAUGACCUGAAAGUAGUUUUUAAAUUUAUUUUUUAAGUUAUAAUUAUAGAUGCUAACCAGAUAAGUGAUGUGAUAUGUGAAACUGUAUUAGCCUUUUGUAAUUGUUAUUUCAGAUUCUUUAUUUAUAAAACUUUGUAAAGAUUUCAGUGUAUCAUUUUUUAAGUAAAAAGUAAUGUCAAGAGAGACAGAUAAACCCAAUUAGUGUUACACUGAGGGAUUAAUUUUUUAUAGGUACCAUCCUUUGCAGCAUAAAUGGAGACCUUCGAAGCACGAUUAUAAUUUUUUUGCAUUGCUAUGACCUUGUUUAUUAUUUUUAAGAUAAUCUCUAAUUGUAAUUUAGUUUUUACUCUAGUCGAAAUUAUUUUUAAUUUUAUAUUUGAUUAUAUUGAUUUAGUUACGUAGAGUAUCCUUUGUACUUCUUCACCCAGGUGGUCAGUUGAUUUUCAAAUAGUAAAAAAUCAACUUGAGCUCAUGUUAGCUUUUCGGUGUUUUAUUUUUUUUUGCAUUUUGUGCACUUUUGAUCAGAAUGAUGUGAAACCUUUUAUAUACUGCAGUGAAACAAUCCUAAAAAAUCUACAGCAUAUUGUGAUCAACCAAUUUCUCCUAUAUAGCAGCCUUUAUAACCUUGCAGAAAAAGUGUAAAGGUUGAAAUCUGAUUUUUGUAGUGAAUAACAGCAUAGGAAGUGUAAUGGAAUUAUUUCUUAGAUAUUCUAUUACAGUAUUCCAAUGAAGUUGAAUAUAUAUGAAUUUCAUAAAUUUUUCUAUUGUAUAUAUGAAUUUCACACAUUUUUCUAUUGUGAUGCAUAGUUUGAUGAAAUUGCCACCCAGUGAUUCAAAUGGUUCUGACUUGUCAUUUUAAGUUUUGUGCAUUAGAAAAAUAAGAUAAAAUUUUGCAUGAUAAAUGAUUUGGCUCUUGAUGUGAAUUUAAGGUUUUAAUAUCAUUGUUACCAGUAGUUUAAUGUGUCAGUAGUUGAAGAUCUUAGGUGAAAAGGACUGUCCAUAUAGAAAAAUGUAGGAAUUACAGUGAAAAUAUCAACUUUCUGUUUAAAGUUAUUGAGCAUGUUAAUCUACUUACUGUAAAUGGUAAGUCGUGUUUCAUAGUGUUUGUAAUUUUGACUAAUAAUUUGUAGUUGGUAUAUGUGUAUACAUUCAGAGACUCUAACAUUAUCAGAAUCAGAAUAUUGAAAUAACAUGAUCAGGAUAUUCAAUUCAUAGUGAAAUAACAUGAUCAGGAUAUUCAAUUCAUAGUGAAAAUGUUUGCAUGAUAGAUUUCUAAUUCCUGUAUUUUCUUUUGUAAACGCACCAUUAACACUAUUAUUAACCAGUGAUACUUUCCAAAGUGAAAGUGGCAAGAGAACAGCAUAUGGACAUUUCACAUACUUUGAAUUGAAGUGUAUGCAAACACUUUGUUUUAAAUUUAUUUGCUGAGUAAAAAUUUCCCACAUGUAAUGAAACCUCAGAUAUUUUGCUCUGUGAUAGGCUUAACCAAAGUAUGUAUUUAUUUUGUGAAGUACACUUUCCUUGUAUGAAACAUCUCUUGACAAUAUAAUGAUAUUAACAUA